AUGAUGGUUUUAACAUCAAAUUAUACCUUAACGCUACCACCUACUUUAAUAUCAUCAAACAAUCAAAAUAUAAUUUUUUGUUUUCUUUGUGGACAACAUUUUAAAACUCCAGGUGGUCUAGCACGACAUAACACUAUUAUUAAAAAAUACAACCAGUCUUCUAAAAUUGUGCGAAUUCCAAAAAAGGUGUUAAAAGAAUUUAAACAAACCUUAGUUUUUCUUAUUCACCAAAAACUCUCUAAUAAUUUUAAUCAUAUGGGACAUCAAAGUUUUCAUGUUCUUUGUUCAAAAAGUUUAUUUUUUGAAAUAUUUCGAGGCCACAUUCAUUAUUCCAAGGCUAAUGUAUAUAAAUGCAUUUUUCGAGGACAAAACAUGUAUCAAACUUUAGCUCAAGUUUUUGACUCUAAUGAAUAG